AUGCACAAAAUAUCAGCCGUACAGACAAUAAGACACAUUGGCGAGUCACCGAUGGGCCCCGACAAUCUUAUAGAGUCAGUUCCUAAGGUAUCAUCAAUUGAGCAGUCUAAUUCGGACAUCCCUAACAACUCGUGGGACGAUGUCUUUGACACUAUUCCAAACGACGAUAUGCUCAGCGCCGUCUAUUUACCCGCAGAUGGACACUAUAUUGAGAGCAUGAUCAAUAUUUGUAUUGGUGAUCUUUAA